GUCAAAAAUUCGCUAUGUUGGAAUUGAAAUGUUCCCUAUCCUAUCUCCUGCGUAAUUUCGAAUUCUUACCAGCCAAGGGUUUCCAACCAAAUGCUUUGCCAGAAUUGGUUACUAAAAGUGGAAAUGGCAUAAGAAUUCGCAUCAAGUCACAUCUACAAAUAAACAUGACAGAAAAUAAAUCGGAACUAAGUGAUAAAAACAAUGCAGUCAUCUACAAACAAACGACAAUACCCAAAAAAUCAAAACACCGUGACAAAAGUGACUUAGGACCCAAUUUUGUGGCGCCCGAUGGUGGUUGGGGCUGGGUUGUAUGCAUUGCGACGGGGCUUAGUAAUCUUUCAAUGUUCCCUCCCCAUCAACAAUAUGGACUAAUUUAUCGAGAGCGCAUGCAAAACUUUGGUUUUGAUGUCAAAGAAAUUACCACGAUUAUCAAUUCGGAAUAUGCAAUAUCCUCGCUGGUGGGACUUGUCAAUGGAGCCAUGUUCCGCAGGUUUACCUUUCGCCAGGUGGCCAUGGCAGGAAGUUUAAUGGGAUUUAUAGGGAUCUUCUGCACAGCGUUUUGUACGAAUUUUCUACAAUAUUUUAUAUGCUUCUCGUCGAUUUAUGGCUUUGGUCUGGGUCUAAAUAAAUCCGCCAAUUCAUUGGCUAUUAACACAUAUUUCAAAAAUAAACGCCGAAGGGCGACAGGCUUUACUCUAACCAUUACCGGUCUCGGUUCGGUGAUAUUUCCACAGAUAGCCCUCUUGUUGUUAACCUAUUAUGGAGCCCGUGGAUCUAUUUUGGUAUUCGCAGCCAUAAUUCUAAAUGCCUUUAUGUGUUCCUUAACUUUGCAGCCAGUGUUGUGGCAUUCAUCGACCAAAACAACGGAAGAAAAUCCGGAAGAAGAGGCAGAAAAUGAUACCAAAGAAAAUGAAAGCUAUAAAUGUAAAUAUUGUCUAAAUCGGGAAAGAGAAAAGCGAGAAGAAUUAGAUCUAGGGGAUUAUGAGAUCACGGAACCUUGUGGCACACCUUUGAUAGCUCGUUCUAAUGAUGGUUGGUUUGGUUCGAAGUUAUCUCUAAAUAAAGAAGCCAGAAUGUAUCGCACAAGGCAGAUUAGUGAAAAUGGAGGUUAUGCAGUGGAAGAAAAUCGAGAGAAACGAUUUCCAGAAGUACCCAGUAAAGCAAGUAUUUAUUCUAAGGCGGAUAAAGAAAUCUAUUCCCGCUGUACCUGUGAAGAGGAGAAAUUGCUGCUAGAAAAAGGAGAGAAGACAGUCAGUAUGAAAGAAGAGGAGAAGGAUUUGAAUGAAAAAGAAUCCUUGGAACGCAAGAGUCUAUCAUUUGCACAAAAAAUUGUCUUAUUUUUCGAUUUGGAUCUCUUGAGAGAUUUUACUUUCGUCAAUUUGGCUGUGGGCAUGGCCAUAAUGAUGUUUGGUGAAAUAAAUUUCUCAGUCCUGACACCCUUCAUUUUGAAUAGUUUCGGUUACAGUGAUACACAAAUAUCCAUGGCAAUGUCUUUGCUUAGCUGCAUGGAUAUAAUUGUUCGUUUCUUUGGACCAUUUGUUUUGGAAAAGGUUAAGCUGUCGAAUAGUUUUCUUUUUGCAAUUGGUAUUAUAAUUGUCAUGAUUGGCCGUACCCUGGUAACCCUAACCACAUCGUAUCAGGUGAUAUUGUUACUAUUUGUUGUAAUCGGGUUUGGCAAAGGAUUUCGUAUGUUAUUUGCCCCGCUCAUUGUUCCCAGUUAUGUGCCACUGAGUCGUUUGCCUGCUGCAUCGGGAUUGCAGCUGAUAAUUACUUCGAUAAGCUCUUUUACAUUGGGUCCAUUGUUGGGAUCAAUUACGGAUAAAUUUGGCUAUGCCGUGACUAUUCACUGCAUUAAUGGCUUGACUUGUUUUAUGCUGUUAGCUUGGUUAUUGGAGUAUUUGAUAAGAAAACGAAGAAAAUCGAUAAUGGAAAAAUAA